AUGUCCACAGAUCACCAUGCAAUGCGCGUUAAUUAUCGGCAUCUUGGCCAAUAUGUUGGAAAGAAUGUCCGGGUAUGGGGCAAACUUCUGAGGUUCGAGGGUAACGACUCUGCUAUUGUCGAGGCAAGCGACGGUGGUAAUAUUACGGUGCAAUGGGCUCCAGGAACUGCAACGACGAUGACUGAUACCUUCGUUGAAGUCAUUGGGACCGUCAAAGAUCACCAAACAAUCAAACUCAUGGCUUGCGUGAACAUGGGAUCCAAAGUUGACUUGAAGCUCGCCAACGACACAGUCGAAUUAAUGCAUGAUCCUCGGUUCUAUCAAAGCAUGUUUGCCCCUCUACCAUAA